AUGGGUUUGAAGCUGUCCAAGAAAGGGCCUAAUAAUAAACCUCCCGAAGAUUUGAGCCUAAGCUUCGUCCGAAGCCACCUCAUCAAAUGCCUAUGGAGAAACUACAUACGAAACCUCGUCUCGAAACAGAGGAGACGAAUGCUCGUCGCUGGCUAUGACCUCGACAUGACCUACAUAACCGGCCGCCUCCUCGCCAUGUCAUUCCCCUCCGAGUCCAUGCGCGCGUUGUACCGUAAUCCUAUGUGGCAGGUCAAGUCCGUGCUCGAGAUGAGACAUCACGGUCAUUACAAGGUGUAUAACUUGUGUAUAGAACAAAGCUACGACCCGUCUCAUUUUAACGGGCGGGUCGAGAGAUACCCGUUUGACGACAACCAUGUCCCGCAAUUAUCGAUGAUCAAGGAGUUUUGUGAGGAUGUGCACGCGUGGCUCUCGCCUGACCCGAAGAAUAUUGCGGUCGUGCACUGCAUGGCAGGAAAAGGUCGAACUGGCUUGAUGGUAUCAUGUUACCUCGUUUACACGGGCAUGUCGGCCGAGAGGGCUUUGCACGUGUAUGCAGAAAGGCGAACGACUAAUAACGAAGGAGUCUCGAUAGCUAGCCAGCGUCGUUACGUUGAAUAUUGGGAGAAAAUAGUUUCUCUAACAAAAGGGGUUAAUACAAUCCCUCCAUUCAUCAAAUUGCCUAAACCGUGCAGUCGAGAGCUUCAACACAUUCGGUUAUAUGACACGGUCAACAUUAAUCAGGUCUUUGUUGUGGUCUCUGAGCUGCAAAAGGUUCCCGGGCAGAGGUACGCGCCACCAGCCGAGGUUUCAAAGAGUUGUUGCAGACGAAUUGGAAAAGAUCACGAAAGAUUAUCCAAUAAGCCUCGGUAUUACUACUCAUUUGUCGAGAAGGAAGAAGGCAAAGAAGAAGCCGUGGAACCUCGUUUAGUCGUCCAAAUGGACACCGAAAGUUCCAUAAUCUACCAAAAGACUUGUCUCGGUUUCCAUUAUGAGAAACCCGUGCAA